AUGGAGAAGCGGCGUGAGUCAAUGGACGAUGAGGAUCGGCAUGGAUUUGACGAAGGAGUGGAGCGGCUAUCUGAUUCUACUUUGGUUGCAGAAACAGAACUCGUAAGCAAGCCGAAGAACAAGGGUAAGGGAGGAAAGAACAGGAAGAGAGGUAAGAACGAGGCUGAUGACGAAAAGCGUGAGCUUGUGUUUAAGGAAGAUGGACAGGAGUAUGCCCAAGUGCUCCGAAUGCUUGGCAACGGUCGGUGUGAAGCCAUGUGUAUAGAUGGGACCAAGCGACUUUGUCACAUCCGUGGUAAGAUGCACAAGAAGGUUUGGAUUGCAGCUGGCGAUAUCAUUCUUGUCGGUCUUCGUGACUAUAGGAGUCAGGACGACAAAGCUGAUGUGAUCCUCAAGUACAUGCCUGAUGAGGCUAGGCUCCUCAAGGCAUAUGGAGAGCUUCCAGAGAAUACACGUCUCAACGAGGGUAUUGCUGGGGGUAUUGAUGAUGAAGAAACCGAAGGCGGUGUUGAUGACUAUAUUGAGUUUGAGGAUGAAGAUAUCGAUAAGAUUUAGGUUUUCAGAUCAAAACUUUACUUCCAUAUUAUGUUUUACCGUUAAUGAUUGGCAGUUACUUGUCAAUAGCAUAAGCUAAACUUCGAUUGGCAGUUGGUUUUGUAUGGUUCUGUAUUUCCAGAUGGGGAGUUGGUUAUGUUU